AUGUCAGAGAAGAAGCCUCGGGGAGCGGACACUCGACCCAAAUCUGGCCUCCGCAGCUGGAGCGCCGACAGCUACAUCUGGCGGGGUAAGAAGCGUUCCCGGAGCUCCCGCAAUGGAUCCAGUCCCGGCGGGUCAGAGGCGGACGGUUCCGAAGAGCUCGGCAUGCGGUCCACAUCCUGUUCCCGGCGGCGCAGAGAGCGGAAGUGCAGCUGCAGCGCUCUGGGUGAGUCACUGAUGGCUGGAGACGUGGACGGCGUGUGUAGGAAGGCGCUCCACCGGCGGUCUCUGAGGCAGAAGUUUCAGGACGCCGUGGGUCAGUGUCUCCCUCUACGCCAUCACCACCACCACCAUUACCACCACCCACCCGGCUCGUCUCGCCCCUUCUCCGUACUGUUCUGGUCCAAAAGGAAGAUCCACGUUUCAGAACUCAUGCAGGACAAAUGUCCGUUCUCUCCCAAGUCUGAACUGGCCAAAUGUUGGCACCUUAUUAAAAACCAGGUGGGUCAUCCAGGUUCCCUGAAGGACAUGGAGACGCCGCUGAAGCCCCGCGUGUCGUCUUCCACUUCGCCGCCGCAGACGCCGCUUUCCUGGGAGGACAUCUGCUGCUCGCCUGCGCCGCUGGAGGACUGGGACCCGUCCAGCCUUCACGGCAGACCGGAUGGCGCCUGUGCAAACACUGACUACAUCCUGGUCCCCGAUCUGCUCCAGAUCAACAACAACCCAUGCUACUGGGGCGUGCUGAACCGCUUUGAGGCCGAGGAGCUCCUGGAGGGCCAGCCGGAAGGGACGUUCCUCCUACGGGACUCUGCCCAGGACGAGUUCCUGUUCUCCGUCAGCUUCCGCCGCUACAGCCGCUCCCUGCACGCGCGCAUCGAGCAGAACGGCAAGCGAUUCAGCUUCGACGUGCGCGACCCGUGCAUGUACCGGGAUGCCAGCGUGACGGGCCUGCUGAGGCACUACAGUGACCCGGCCACCUGCCUCUUCUUUGAGCCGCUGCUCUCCAGGCCGCUGCCCAGGACCUUCCCUUUCCCUCUGCAGCACCUGUGCAGGGUGGUAAUCUGCAGCUGCACCACCUACCAGGGCGUGGAGGGGCUGCCACUGCCGCCUCAGCUCAGGGAAUACCUCAGACAGUACCACAUCAAGUGUGACGGGGCCUGCGCCGUGUCGAUGCCCACAGCAGCCAACACGCAGGAUCUGCACUGACGAGGAGGAAGCUAUAAGUUAGGGAUGCUAACAACUAAUCUACUUAUGAUUAAUUGUUGAUUUAUUAGAUUCAAACUAGUUCUAGUCAAUUAACUAAUCCGCUUAGAUCUUCUUUUAAUGUUGUAGUUUGGCCGCCAUCCAGCAGAAGGCGCCACUGGUCAUCCUUAAGGAGCCGUUUAUACAGAAACAAGAUGGCAGGCAAAUCAGAACAGUCCGGAGUCCAGUGUGGGAUGGAAAAUGCACUUUAUGCUGUUCUGUUUUGAAAUACAAACACUUGGAAACCUCUUUUAAGUUUUCAGCAACUUAAGAGGUUCAUGUUUGGUUA